AUGCUGGCUGACUUAGUCAAAAAACCGCAGAGAGUUGAGCCAAAAUCGAUUCUAUAUCUUAGACGUACUACAAUUGUUGUGGCGAUUUUAGCGUUAACUCUUUUCUUUGUGGUGUUGGUGAUGAAGCUAGAUGAUGAACAGCCUACCAUUACUACCUCAUAUUUAAAAUCGGCAAUUGAUGAUCAUGAUAGUCUGCCCGCACCAGUAAACCCGGGAGAUUGCCAACAAUUUGUUACACAACCAAAACUAUCACCUCAUGGCACUUAUGGUCGUUCUUAUGUUGGAAAAUUUGCACCAAAAGAUUUAAACUUGUUCCGUGAAGAUGAACAAGGGAAACCUUUUUUAUUUAUUCUUGUCGUACAAGUGGACCCCUUACAUUAUGGACCUAAUUAUACGGUGGCAAUGAAUGUAUUUGAUUCAGAAUUUGAUCCAUGGAGCGAUGAUUUUGAUCAAAGUAAAAUGACUCCAUUUGUCGAAUCUUUUGACUCAAUGAAUUACUAUGUUACGCCAAGUGGAGUAGGAUACCUACUCGAGUACUCUAGAAGAAUCAGAAAAACUCUACCCGAUUCAAAAACAAAUUUGAUUGGUUUCCGAACACCAAAAUACAAUGAAGUAAAGUACAUUGAAUCAGAAAUACAGACUAUCAAUAGGAACUUGGUAGGCGAGUUUGCAAAUUUCAAAGUUAUUGUGCAGGACUUUAGUGUGGCAGUGGAACAAGAACAAAGGAUCAAUUCUUUAGUGACCGUAUUAGGAACUGUUGCUGGGUAUUAUGGCAUCAUUGUGACUUUUUAUAUAUUUUUAUUUGGUACUAAUUCAAUCAGUCCAUGGGGGUUUGCACAUAAUGGAUGUUUUGUAUUCAAACGACUCAAAAGGAAAACUGAAGCCAAGCUCAAUGAAGGAAAUGAAUUAGAAAAUGAGGAUAACCGCAUAUCGAUUAUAACAGUUGACACAAAUGGACAAGAGGAUCCUUUAAAUGAACAAAUUAAUUAUUCAAAAAGACUUCGAGAUUUGGAGAAAUUUCGAAAACAACUUGAAAGUAAUUUUAUUGACACUUCAUUAAUGAACUCCAUUAAAAAAGAACAACAAUAA